CAUCUUAUUGAUAAUGAAAGUGAAACACAAUACAUCAAAUUCAAUACAUUACAUGGAAAAGAAGAAGAAAUAUCAAUUUUAAUCGGUUUUAAGUUAUAAUUAAUCUUUUAAAAAUAUUUUCAACACCUUGAAGGUGUGUUCUAUUCUGUUAAUUGUAUCUAGUAAGUCAACAUUAAAUGAAUUUCCAAUUCAGCGGAAGCAUUCCAAAUGUGCACUGGCACAGCAACAGUAAUACUAUGUCAUCGCAAUCGGUGACCGAAUUCACUAUACUGAAUGGUCGAGUAACUGUUACCAGAGCCGCAAAUGAUACCAGGAACGACGUUAAUGUUACUAUUGUAGCUAAUGGGCGUAGGAACGACAAACCGCGUCGUAACUGCAUAUGUCAUCGAGAAACACGUUGGAGGAAUCGUAGACGACAGGAUUUACACGGAUUGCAACGUUCUAUCAACGAUUUAAAGGAUAACGUUUAUGAUGCCACUGAUGAUUUAACCGUUGCUCGACGGAAGCUGCAAGAUAUUCGAGAAGAAAUCCAAAAAAUCAAGGACGAAGUAUCUAAAAACCAGGGUCAGCUUUGGAAGGCUACUAAUGAAUUGGAUAAAGCAGUUGGAGAUCUGCAAUCACCGUCCUUGUACAAUUUGAACGAUAACGAACGAAACGUUUUAAGAUUAGAUUUACAAUUGGCUGAAAAUGAUAUAGAAGAAGCUAGACGUCAGAUUAGAGAAGCUGAAGAUGAAUUAGGCUAUGAAAUAUUCCCAUCUUUACGAAGAAGCGGAAUCCGAAAUGAAGAAUUGUUUGACUGUCAAACUUCUCGUUCUUCAAAUUCUAGAGCAGUGAUGGACGUUCCAUCUGAAGGAUGUAACUCUGGGCUCCCUCCAGUCACUGAUAAUCGGAAUAAAUGUUCUAUUUGUAUGGAGAGAACUGUGAAUGCGGUGUUGUAUAAAUGUGGACACAUGUGUACGUGUUUCAUUUGCGCAGUCAAACUGCAACAGACGUCGGAAAAUAAAAGUUGUCCGGUUUGUAGACGCGAGAUUACCGACGUCAUCAGGACUUAUAUUUCUUAAAAGGACAAUUUUCUGCUACGCUGAUCCAUCUUUUUAUAUUGUUAUUGUCCAAAGUUUUAUUCGUUACUCGCGGCUAAUAUUUUUUUGCUCAAUUUUUCAUGUGAGAAACAACCUGAAAUUAUACAUAUUCGUUUAUUUUAUUGUAAUUUUAAAAUUUUAAGCUACGUAAAUUUAGUUUACAGCUUAAAAAUCGCUUAGUGUAGAAGAGCUUGAUGCUUUUUUUAAAAGUUAUUUUUCAUUUUUUUUCUCCUUCUCGAGUUGUAUUUUUUCUUUCUUUAUUAUUGGACAUUAACAAUUUUGUAAUUUUUCGUAAUUUUAUUUACUUUGUAAUAGAUGGUUAUCAUGUUUUAUAUGUAUAAUUCUCUACUCGUGUUUGAUUAUCAUCUUUAAUCUUUAAAGUUUUCUGUUCCACAAAUUAUUCGGAUAAUAUACUGUUUAUUUAUUUGA